GAAGAACUUGGGUUUCUGGCCUUUAAAGUUGGUGAGACUCAGAGUGUGGGCCCAGGCCUUCUUUAGCAAGGCCCUCCAGUCCCCACCCUUUCCUGGCUGCCCUGGGUGAAGAGAGACAUAAAAGGGCUCUGUUUCCUGGAGGAAGAGCAGGAGCAAGAGAAUUCUAGCUGCCCCGACCAUGAGCUCCAUCCUGCUGCCAGCCCUCCUAGGCCUCACCUUCAUGCUGCCCCCAAUGGAGGCCCUGACCUGUCAGGCAGGAAUAUGGGAAGCUGUGAAGAAAACAUCAGAAAUGCCCUUGAGGUGGACAGCUGAAGAGGAGUCCUGCAAGGAAGGGUGGGGUUGCCAAGAUUCGCUGAUGCUCAUUGAGAAUGGACCCCAAGUGUUCUUAGAGCUCAGCAAGGGCUGUACCCAGGAGGAGGAUCAUGAAGCCCGUAUCACCCAGCACAGGAAAAGCCCUGGCCUCUCUGUCGUCUCCUACACCCGUGUGUGCCGCCACAAGAACCUCUGCAAUGAUCUCUCCUCCACCCGCCCUGUCUGGACCUUGCCCACCUUUGCAGUCCCAGGGUCAGUGCGGUGCCCAGUCUGCUUUUCUGAGGAAGGCUGUAAAUCUGCAACAGAGCUGACCUGCCCCAUUGGGAACACACACUGCUACAAUGGGGUCCUGCAGCUCAGGGGAAUUGGCAUCCACACCAAUCUGAAAGUCCAGGGGUGCAUGUCCCAAGCAGCCUGCAACCUGCUGAAUGAGACUCAGGAAAUCGGGGCCUUGUCUGUGCGUGAAAAGUGUGAUUCAGAUGGAGUGAAGGCCCUGACCUGUGAGUUUGGAAGACUGACAAUUGUGAGGAAAGCAUCAGAACUGCCCGUGAGGUGGACAACUGGCCAGGAGUCCUGCAAGGAAGGCUGGGGUUGCCAAGAUUCGUUGAUGCUCAUUGAGAAUGGACCCGAAGUGUUCCUAGCGCUCAUCAAGGGCUGUACCCAGAAGGAGGAUCAUGAGGCCCGUGUCACCCAGCACAGGGAAGGCCCUGGCCUCUCUGUCGUCUCCUACACCCGUGUGUGUCGCCACAAGAACUUUUGCAAUGACCUCACCUCCACCGACCCUGUCUGGACCCUACCCACCCCUGCAGUCCCAGGGUCGGUGCGGUGCCCAGUCUGCUUUUCUGAGGAAAGCUGUGAAUCUGCAACAGAGCUGACCUGCCCCAUUGGGCACACGCACUGCUACAAUGGGACCCUGCAGCUCAGGGGAGUUGGCACCUUCACUGAUCUGAAAGUCCAGGGAUGCAUGUCCCAAGCAGCCUGCAACCUGCUUAAUGACACUCAGGAAAUCGGGGCUUUGUCUGUGAGUGAAAAGUGUGAUUCAGACGGAGUGCAGGCCCUGACCUGUCAGGCAGGAACACUGAGGGCCGUGAGGAAAACAUCAGAACUGCCCUUGGAGUGGACAACAGGAGAGGAAUUCUGCAAGGAUGGCUGGGGUUGCCAAGAUUCGCUGAUGCUCAUUGAGAAUGGACCCCAAGUGCUCCUAACGUUCAUCAAGGGCUGUACCCAGAAGGAGGAUCAUGAGGCCCGUGUCACCCAGCACAGGAAAGGCCCUGGCCUCUCUGUCGUCUCCUACACCCGUGUGUGUCGCCACAAGAACCUCUGCAAUGACCUCUCCACGUCCCUCCCUGUCUGGACCCUGCCCACUUCUGAAGUGCCAGGGUCAGUGCGGUGCCCAGUCUGCUUUUCUGAGGAAGGCUGUAAAUCCGCAACAGAGCUGACCUGCCCCGUUGGGAACACACACUGCUACAAUGGGGUCCUGCAGCUCAGGGGAGUUGGAACCUUCACUGAUCUGAAAGUCCAGGGGUGCAUGUCCCAAGCAGCCUGCAACCUGCUGAAUAACACUCAGGAAAUCGGGGCCUUGUCUGUGAGUGAAAAGUGUAAUUCUGAUGGAGUAGAGGCCCUGACCUGUCAUUCUGGAACUAUCACGACUGUGAGGAAAACAUCAGAACUGCCCUUGAGGUGGACUUUUGAGGAGGAGACCUGCAAGGAAGGCUGGGGUUGCCAAGAUUCGCUGAUGCUCAUUGAGAAUGGACCCAAAGUGUUCCUAGCACUCAGCAAGGGCUGUACCCAGAAGGUGGAUCAUGAGGCCCGUAUCACCCAGCACAGGGAAGGCCCUGGCCUCUCUGUCGUUUCCUACACCCGUGUGUGUCGCCACAAGAACUUCUGCAAUGAUCUCUCUUCCACCCGCCCUGUCUGGACCCUGCCCCCCUCUGCAGUCCCAGGGUCCAUGCGGUGCCCAGUCUGCUUUGCUGAGGAUGGCUGUAAGUCUGCAACAGAGCUGACCUGCCCCGUUGGGCACACACACUGCUACAAUGGGGUCCUGCAGCUCAGGGGAGUUGGCAUCCUCACCGAUCUGAAAGUCCAGGGAUGCAUGUCCCAAGCAGCCUGCAACCUGCUUAAUGAGACUCAGGAAAUCGGGGCCUUGUCUGUGAGUGAAAAGUGUGAUUCUGUCGGAGUCCCACGUCCGGAUGGAAAAGCUGUCCCCAACCUGCAGUCUUCGGCUCCUCUGACCUGUCAAAAGGGGAUCAUGCUUCAGAUGAAAGAAAACCUGACUCAGAACCCCUUGCCUUGGGACACAUUUUCAACCAUAACAUGUGAUUUGAAGGAGGUGUGUCAGGAGACACUGCUGCUCAUAGAUGUAGGACCUAAAUCACUCAUGGUGGGGAGCAAAGGCUGCAGCAAGACUGAGACACAGAAUUCCACCACUAUCUCCAUCCACUCGGCGCCCCCUGGAGUGCUCGUCGCCUCCUAUGCCCAUUUCUGUUCCUCCGAUGGGUGCAACAGGGCCACAAGUAGCAGUGUCCUGCUGAACUCCCUCCCUCCUCCAGCUGCCCCUGCCCCAGGAGGCCUGCAGUGUCCUGCCUGUGUGCAAUUCGGUGGAUCCUGUUCAAACUCUGUAAACGUCAUGUGCCCUCCUGGUACCACUCAUUGUUAUAAUGGCUACCUCAAUCUCAAAGGAGGUGGGCUGUCUGCUAUAUUUAGCAUUCAGGGCUGCAUGGCCCAACCUUCCAGCUCCUUGUUGAACCACGCCAAAAAUAUUGGGCAGUUCAUCGCAAGUGAGGGUGCUGAGAAUGAAGAUGAGGAAGAUAAGGUUCGCCAAAGUGGGGCUGUUCCUGUUCGCUGCCUGGCUUGGGUGGUGGGGCUGGGGAUAUCCUUUGCCCUUUGGUGUGGGAUAACCUCCCACUGACUCCAUUUACCCAUGAUUUUUCUCCCCUACUUACCCCCUAAAUACAGCCCUCCCUCUGACCUCAUAACCAAACACUGAGUUGUUUUCCCAUCUUCUCUGUGAAUUCUCAUACACACACAUACACAUACUUUGUGAUCUGAUAACAAGAUAUGGAAGAGCCUGGGAGUAGCUGCACUGUUCUUACAGCCACAUGUAUCUAAUAAAUAAAGAAAUCAUCUUUUUUCCC